CAGUGAAGGGAGCAUCUUCUUGCCGUAGCAGCAGUCUCGAGAGAUAGACAGAAACGAUACCUAUAGGAGGGGAAUAAACUGAGCUCGGUGCCGUUGCUUCCAUUCCAUGGGGAACUGCUUCGGCUCCGAGGAGGCCGAGCUGGUGGAGGUCGAGAAGGCGCCGGGCCAGCACCCCGGGCAUGGGCCGACCCAAGCAGCGGCAGCCCGCAGCCUCCCAGCCAUGGAAGCACCACCGAGCGCAAAAGUCGUCGGCAGGAGGUCCCCGGGGUCGUCCAUGAACAGCUUCACCACCCGGACCACGAGCGGCGGCACCUCGGUGGGCGGCGGUGAGCCGGAGUCCGGCACGAUCUUGGAGGCCCCCGACCUGCGCGUGUUCACGUUCGCGGAGCUCAAGGCGGCGACCCGGAACUUCAAGCCGGACAGCCUGCUGGGGGAGGGCGGGUUCGGGCAGGUGUACAAGGGGUGGGUGGACGAGAAGACCAUGAACCCCGUGCGCAGCGGCACCGGCAUGGUCAUCGCCGUCAAGAAGCUCAACCAGGAGAGCCUCCAGGGCCUGCAGGAAUGGCAGUCGGAGGUGAACUUCCUAGGUCGGAUAUCGCACCCGAACCUUGUGCGGCUGCUGGGGUACUGCGUGGAGAACAGGGACCUCCUGCUCGUCUACGAGUUCAUGGCCAAGGGCAGCCUCGAGAACCACCUAUUCAGAAAGAGCGGAUCCUUCCAACCCAUCUCCUGGGGCAUGCGGCUGCGGAUCGCCAUCGACGCCGCACGCGGCCUCGCCUUCCUGCACUCGUCGGAGAAGCACGUCAUCUACCGAGACUUCAAGGCCUCCAACAUCCUACUCGACACGCACUUCAACGCGAAGCUGUCCGACUUUGGUCUGGCGAAGAACGGGCCGACGGGCGGCGACAGCCACAUCACGACGCGCGUGAUGGGCACCUACGGGUACGCGGCGCCGGAGUACGUGGCGACGGGGCACCUGUACGUGAAGAGCGACGUGUACGGGUUCGGCGUGGUGCUGCUGGAGAUGCUGACGGGGCUGCGCGCGCUGGACACGACACGACCGGCGCCGCAGCUCAACCUGGUGGACUGGGCCAAGCCGAUGCUGGCGGACCGCCGGAAGCUGGCCCGCCUCGUCGACCCGCGCCUCGAGGGGCAGUACCCGUCGAAGGCUGCCCUGCGCGCCGCGCAGCUUACGCUGAGCUGCCUCGCCGGCGACCCCAAGAACCGGCCGUCCAUGGCCGAGGUCGUGGUGGUGCUGGAGGAGGUCGAGCGGAUGCGGCCGCGGCACCGGCGCGCGUCGCCGGAACAGGACGGAAGCGGCGGUGCGUCGCCGAGGACCGCCGCGCGGAGCGUGCACGCCGGGGGCAGGCAUCACCACCACCAGCAGUCGCCGCGGCCGAGGCCCGGGGCGGACGGCGCGCGGAGCAGCCACCAGUCUCCUCGGGUCAGAUGACAAGGCCCGAAGCGGAAAUGUGCAGUCUGAUAUUAGCCCAGCGCCAGGUUUUUGGCCCAUUUUUGUGUUCAUCGGCUUUUCUUGGCACAUUUGGGCUGUUGGACGUGCGUGGUUGGAAAAUGGCCCAAACGUUGGAGGUUGCUCGUUCC